UAAAUAUCAUGGCAUUUGUCUGGUUUGAAAACCUCUUGACUGUGAAGAAUUAUUCUCAUCUUCUGUACCUGUAGAAAUCCAUUAUUCAGACACUGCUCGAUGAUGUGACCUGAUGAAUUUCUUAGAAAUAGGAUUUAAUUCAAAAAAAGCAAUAUCAGUAGAAAUGAUAUCUGUAAGCACAAGACUACACGUUGUUCUUCUACCUGUGGCCUUUCUUAUGGCUUUUGCGCGACCAGGUUAUCCUAUUGCAAAAAAAGUAAGCACGUUGUUAGGCAACAAGGUGCUCUUCAGUUGCCCAUUUGAUGGAAAUGUGACGAAGAUGUCAUGGGUAUUUAAUUCAAAGCUUCAAAUUGCAGCUCUCCGAUGUGAUUUGAACGAAAUGGCUUUGAUUUCCAACAAUAGCAGAAUAAUAAUUCAAAACGCUACAUGCAAUACUUUUAAGAAUGAAAUGAAUCUCCAGAUAGAGUCUGUGCAACUUGCUGAUGAUGGGAAUUAUACUUGUGAAAUUCUAGAUCAAAGAGGAGUUCAUAGAUUAGCCUUCUCGUUCGCAGUAACUGUUCCACCUGCUAUAUCUUUCAGUACUGAUAACAAACCAAAUAAUACAAUGAUGGCCAUAUGCACCGCAUCAAAUGGGAAACCAGCUGCAGAAAUUACUUGGUAUCCAAAUAAUUUAGGAAACUUCUCAAUCAAUAUAACCCAUCACAGUAACAGAACUGUAACUGUACAAAGCAAGUAUCACAUUAGUAUCCACCACUUCAGUGAGGAGAUAAUCUGCGCCGUAAACCACCCAGCAUUUGAUGGGAUAAAAAACUAUACCAUUCAUCAAAACGGUCCAGCUUCAUAUGAUUCACAAUUAUCUCCAAAGAUUUUGUUCCUUUUAUAUCUCAUUGCUGGUGUCCUGGCUGCAUGCCUGUGUCUCCUUGCUGUAGUAGCUUUUACAGUCAGAUGCUUUAAUCUCCAAAUAGAAACUGCAUUCAGAAAUUGCUGCAUUUCCAGGUCCAGUCAGGAAAUGUCUCAGUCAAAUGGACCUUUUAUACAGAUGGAGAAUUUCAUUUAUGAUUCAUUUCAACCACAAAAGCCAAGGAAUUAAUACUUAACACAGCAUGAAAAUCCCCUAACACUACAAUGUAUAAAUAAACCUUUAUCUGCUAAAUUUAGUGAAUAUAAAAGAAUAAUAAUAAUAAACUUCUCACAUUCCAUCUAUUUCAACGGACUCUACCUGGUUGAGACAUUUGUGAAGUGGAACUUCCGGAAGAGCAGCGAACCUCAGACAGCAGCAUCCUGAUUUCUGUGUUUAACUGUACCUGUGUUAUUUCAUUACUCUUUAAUGAAAGAGAGAACUGAUAGCAUCACUGUUAUUUGUAUUGAAAUAUGUGGGCAAUUUUACCAGGUACAUGAUUCAUCAUGAAAGUUGUCACUUUAGGUAGUUUUUAUCAAUUAAUUAUACUGCCCUCUGCUGUAUCUUAUGGAUUCUGCAGGUGAAAUGAAGCAAAGACUACAAUUUCUCUAUUGUGCCAUUUCACUGGUAUUCAAUGACAAAAGAACAAAAGCAAGAUGAUUUUUGAAUAAAAGCGAUAGCUAUUUUUAUACAGCUAAAAUAAUAGGUUUUAAGGAUAUGUUUAAAUUCAAAGAGAAGUUGAAGAUAUCAUUAAAUGACGAAUCAGAAUUUGUAUUUGCUAUAACAACUUGACUUUUCUGCUUCAAAUAAACCAAUUGUGAUCUGACUAAUUUUAUGUUGGAUGCUUUCCAGCCUUCCUCUCUUAUUGAUGAUGAAUUGAUUAUUGAAAACUUAAUUUUAUUUUGAAUUUUUUUGUAAAUUAGAUUAAAAUCCUGAGGAUAGAUCAAGAGAAUAAGAAAGGAUCUACGAAUAUGCAGCAACUAAAUUAAUAACUCAUGGAAAUAGGUUCUUGUUAUUACUUGUUUACAAAUUAAAGAUCAACAUUAUGCAUUAUUGAUAGCCUUUUCAGAAUUCAUAAAAAUAGUGUUGAUUUUCCUAAUUAAUAUCAUUUACUGUAGUGUCAUCUAUUGUUGACCCAUGGAAUUUGGUUCUCAAUUAAUUUUGUUUUCGUUUAAGGAUUUAUUCAAACUGCAAUGAAUAAAAACUACUUUUCUAUGCAUAUUACAGUAAGUCUUCACUUAAAGUUAUGGCUGUGUUACUGAAAAUUGUGGUUUUAACUGAAAUUAUUUAAAGUGAGCAUAGUUCCCAUAGGAAUCAAUAUUUAAAACAUAGUUAUUUCACACAUUUGGCUCUUGGAAAAAAAUGUACAUGUUAAAAUAUUGUGCACUACAUUUGAAAUACUGUACAGUACAUUCCUGGCUGAAAUAACUUGUAAAACUCACUUUGUAUAGUUGAAAUAUUAGAAAUUACAUAUAGAUCGUUGUAUAAAUAAAUUGUGUUCACCUCAGUUCAGUUUGGUUUGACCUAGUAGGCCAAUGUUGGUCAGUGUAUGAACUAUAUGAGCUGCAUAAGUUCUGGAACUUCAAUGCUGAGAGUGGGAACAAGAUUGAGGGGAAGAUGAGCUGAUGAAGAAGCUCUUGAGAUGGUGGCAAUAGAAAUCAAGGACUUUAAAAACAGAAAUGGAGGAUGAGAUUGACAGCAGAGCAACAGCGUAAUUGGGGAUAGAAAUGUUAUUGAUAAACACAAAUUAUGAAGUAGAUUGUGUUUACCCAUUAUUAAUAAUGUUGAUGCAUAUCAAUGUUGACUGGAGGCAACAUUAAAUGAGGGCUUACAGUAGUUUUUCAUAUGUUUCGUUUUGCUCUUCAUAACAUUUUGCUGAUAUUUCUUUAAACAAAACAUGCUUCAAGAAAAACUGGCAUCAAUUUGUUUCAGUGACUGUUGCAAUUGUUGAUCUCAGAUGUUUUGUUUGGUUAAUAUUUAAUAAGUUGGUAGAUGGAGCAAAUUUUGUAUCUGUGUAUUUGCCUUUGGUCAAGAAUCAAUCAACUUGAUUCUCAAAUAUAAAAAUAAGUCCCCCAUAGCAGUGAUAAAUAUGAUAAGGUUGUGUCACAGCAUUUGAUCAUAAGGGUUACAUUAGAGAUUUGCUUCCCUACUACAUCGUCCAAUCACAUCUUUCCCAAUUACAUCCUCCCAAAGGUCUGCACUUUUGCCUACUCUGGCGUGAAUGUUGCCAAGGAAAAUUAGUUUGUCAGCUGCAGGGACCCUUGAAAAAGAUUGGUCAAGGCGAGAGUGGAAUAUCCCCUUGCCCUCAGCUGCUGCAUUAAGCG